GCAUCCCUUGCAUACCAUGGUUAGAAUGAGCUCAAGUUUUGAAUAAAUUAACUGGACUGGGCAGAGGCGGACAGACUUGAUUGCAUGGCAACUGGAACUAGACAGCAUGCUUAGUGCUGCUGCUCUAAAGGUGAUUCAUCUCAGCUGAAUUCUGAUUGAUUGACUUUGUACUUGAGGAACCUUCGAUUUGUAGAGCGGUACAGGACUGGUUUUGCAAAGUUUCAAGGGAUCCAGUAGCUUUCACUUUACAUGCCUGAUGGGAAAGUAGAACACUUGCUCUACUGAUGGAGAGUAAUAGGUGUGGUCAGACAAUGAAGGAGUCAUCUGAUGUUGUAGAAGUCAUAGUUAUACCUGAUGAUCCUCCUUCAUCACAAGACAUUACUGUUCCAUCUGUGUCAUCCACAUUGUCUUCUUGUUCUUCGUCAUCAGCUUCAAGAGUUACUGAAAAUUCACAGUCACUUGCAGUGCACUUUGACUCUAGAACUGACCCCACAGACUGUCACAUGACAUCUGGUGUGAACAAACCUCUACAGCUACCUAUGGACAAUAGGAGGGAGACUCAGACAGCAGUAAUACAAGGUACACCAAAUGAUGAUGAACUAGAGGAAUUAGGCAGAAAAAUUGGUGCCAAGUGGGAUACACUUGGGCGUCGCCUGGGAGUGCAGGAGCCAGAACUAGAGAGUAUAGAACAAAAUCACAAGUAUUUGGAGAAGAGAGGAUACCCCAUGUUAAUGCACUGGAAACAGAAGAAUGGUUCUGCAGCAACUUAUCAAAUUUUGAAAGCUGCAUUACAGCAUAAACUCGUGCAGCGCAAAGACUUAGCAGAACAAAUUUGUGACAAUCAUGGUAAUUAUUUUCAAAAACUUUGAUUAAUUAGAAAUAAUUGAAAUGAUUUAUUCCUUGACAGUGAAUUUUGUACUAAGCAGACGCUGGCCAAAGUUUGGUUUCAUUUCCCCAUGUUUACUGUAAACCAAACUUGCUUUAAAAGGAUACCUCUAUCAAGUGAACGCAUUGCUGACACUAAAAUUAAGCCCAUCUGUGACCCAAAACCAGGCAGUCUAAAUAUUUUAGACAUGCCAGACAUACUCAGAAAUCAUUUUGAUGUGGAAGUCUGCCGGCGUAAACUUGCAGAGCAUUACAAGAGAACCGCCACUGUGCCAACCUCUGUGUGGUCCAAAAAAAGUGCUGUGAAUAUUCACGAGAUCUACACUCGAUUGUCCUGGGUGAAAGAAGAACAAAGCCCAGCUGAGUCAUCACGGGCUGUGCUGAAUCACUACACUGAUGUGCUCACUGAAAACAAGAACGGAUUGCCAUCAAACAGGAUACUUGUGCAAGGGGAGACAGGAAUCGGAAAGAGUACGUUUGUGAAGAAACUGGCUAUGGAUUGGGCUGAACAUGACGAAAACAGGUUGACAGAUGAACAGAGAGCUAUACUGAAGAAGUUCGAACUUGCUGUUACUAUUGAUCUCAAGAAAGUAUCUAAACACAAAAGUUUCAGAGAUAUCAUAAGCGCCUCCCAUAUUUUUGCCGAUGAGGACACAGCCAUGAAGGACGGUCUGCUGAGUUACAUCACCCACAACCAAGACAAAGUUCUCCUCGUUUUUGAUGGAUACGACGAAUAUCGUUUCGGAAGCAACUCUGAAAUCUUUGAGAUAUUCAAAGGAAACAAGCUGAGAAACUGUUGUGUGUUGAUAACAACUCGAAUUUCCAAAGCGGAUGAGCUGAAAGAGUUUAAGGACGUGCAUGCUGAGAUCACUGGGUUCAGUGGAGAGGACAGCCACUCCUUUAUGGUCAGAAUGCUUGGUGACAAAAUACAAGCCAUCGCAUUAUAUCGUCAUCUUUGCAAGCGAAACCUGAACGAUCUGUCGAGAGUUCCGCUACUUCUCCUGUUCUUUUGCACUUUGUGGAAAAAAGGAAGCGCACAGAGCUUUCCUGACUCCAAAACAACAUUGUACUUUGAAAUCGUUCAGUACGUUUUGAAUCAUAAUGCAGCGAAAUGUUCUCCUGCUAACUUUCGCAAAGUUGAAGAUUUCAAAGAGAUUCUGGCUAAAAUUGGAAAGGUGGCGUUAGAAUGUCUUUUGAAGGACGAUCAUGUAUUCGAGUAUGAUCAACUGUCCCAUGCCAUCCGGAUUUGCGAAGAAAGUCGGAUUAUAGGCUUACUUCAAGUCAGUGAGUACUCAGAGAAUCUUCGACCAGCAGGGAUGGUAUCGUUUAUUCACAAGAGCAUACAAGAAUUCUUAGCAGCGUGGUAUAUUAACUACAGAUGUGCCCCUGAAGGAAAUCUCGGUGAAAUUAACGACCGCACCCGAACUUUGGACGACUGUAGAUCCUUAGAAAAUGUUUUUCAGUUUGUUUGCGGUUUGUCUGAUGAUGGAGCAGUGAAAGUUUUUGAACAUUUGAAAUCGGUUAGAAUUUCUGACUCAGAACUGGAUUUGUCAAAAAUGAUACCCGAUGGGACCGACGAGCCACUGUGUGACAUUACAAGGAAGCGCCAGCGUUUUAUUACCCUGGUAAAUAGUUCAUUUGGUGAAGUUCAAACCAAAACUGAAGUCUUAAGACAUUAUUUAAAUUGCACUGAUGGGAUCAUCUUUGUUGAGGGAGGAUCAGUUCGUGAAAUUAUACCCGAACGGAGAAUUUUAAAUGGAAUUACUGUUAAUGGUGUGGUUUGGUUUGGAAACGAAAUUGUUCAUCAAAAGGCGACGAAAAUAAACGAGUCGAUCGAGUUUCUCGAUUGUUUGGACGUUCCCCUUAGGAUGACUGAGAAUUCAGUGGUUGUCGCAGUUGGGGAAUUUUUAAGAAAGUUUGAAGCUAUCAGAUGUGCUUCGUAUUUGCGGUGUGAUUUCACGUGCAUUCUUCAUUACCAUAACGGCCAGGUGUUUUUUUACAUCACUCGUUUGUUCCUGUGUUGUAAUGACCAUGCUGACUUAUUUGAUGUCACCAACUUGACUUCCACUCCAUCCCACUCCACAAGUUCGUCAUCAGAGGGAUUCUGUUUGAAAUAUCUAAGCUUUCUUUACAUUUCUACAGAUGUCAACGAGCAAACGAUGAAAUGUCUUGUUACCAUUUUUAGAGAUUGUAAGAAUUUAAAACAUAUUUUAUUUCCGAGUGUAACUAAACAUACUUGUGAACUUCUUCAAUAUGUACCAAACCCCCGUACGUGUCGGGUACAGCUUGGUUCUUUCCAUUUAUAUCCUCCAGGCGGGCCGUCACUGACGUCAGCCGACGUAACGAAGCUCGCUGGUUUGUUACCACAGUUUAAGAAUCUCGUCUCCCUUAACCUUAACUUGAAUAACUGUUGUGCUGAAGCAGUAAACAAACUGUUUUGUAGUAUCACACACAAGACUCUUGAGCAACUGGGACUGGAAGACAUUAUACUGACUCCAGUCACAGCCGCCGCGCUUGGUCGGUCAAUUUCUGAAAUGUCGUCCUUACGUGAGCUCUCGAUAUCUGGGCCGGAAAGAGGGUUUCUAGAAACAAACGAGAUUGAGGCAUCACCAACAGGAUUUGACAGAACAUCUCUGGUUUCACAAUUAUUUACGUUCAACACAGGAGGUUGUCGUUUCUUGUCCAGUUUGCGUGCUUUAAAACUUUCGCGUUUAAAUAUGAAUGAACGGGGCUUACGUGAGCUGUUGGAUAAUUGGAAAUUCUCCUCAGAGCUGAGACACUUUUUCCUAGAUGGCAAUCCACUGGGUGACAAGCACACGGUUCACUCUAUGGUGAAAAAAGCACUGCCUCGGGUUCGUGUUUUUUAUUGAUAAUGCCAAGUUCAUUCACCAAGUGAAGGACACAGACGUUUGCACUGACAGAAGAAAUGAUUGUCCUUAGUAUCGCGUCACUUAAGUAUCACGUCUGCCACUUACAUUGCCUGACGUCAUGGAAUGUCAAUUGUAACAACAGGCAAUGGAACUUGUCUCCAGCUACUUGUUAGAUGACUCGAGUUUACAUUUUAUUUUAGGUUAGAAUCAAGAACUAUUAAUUAAUGUUUUAAUUUUAACGGAGAAAGGUUUGAAUGUAUGAAAAACUUUCAAUAGGUAAUUAAAAAUUCAUGGAAUUGGA